GUUCGUAGCGAGCGCUAGACACGUCGCGUUUUUUUCAGCCGCCAUCGUCCGUCGACCGCUCGACGCUCGUUCCUUAUCGCCGGCCCCCCCGCCCAACAUCCCACCCCCCUCUCUGUGAAAAGUGAAAUGCCAUCGAGCUGACGACAGACGUAAUCAUAACGAGAAUUCAUUCAACAGCAGAACACAAACAAAAGCGAUCGAGCAGAAGCAGCGACCAUGAUGGCCAACACGAGGAGCAGAUGCCCGAGAAGCAGCCAGAGCCUCAUAGCCCCAACAACAAGUGCAGCUUCCAUUAGCAGAAAAUCAGGAAUAACAUUGCCAAAAUCACCAUCGACAGCAGCUACAAGAGCGGCCACAAAUCGAUUGCUAAUCGGUGGCUGCCUGCUGCUCACCCUGCUGUCCGUGGCCACCCUGGCCAUGGGCAUGCCCCAGCAGGAAGCGCCAGCUGCCACUCAAAAUGCGGAGGAGUUCCCAGAGGAAGAUGGUGACAUGCUGAUGGAGCCGAACGACUUUACCCCCAUUACGGUGCUGCGCUCGCAGGAGCAGCACUUCCACAUGCCGCCCAGCACCCAGCUGCAGCCGAGGCAGUUCCAGGCACCCAUCCAGCAGGAGCCAGAGCAGGAGCAGUUCCGUCCCAUUGCCAAUCCAAACACGAAAGUGGCUCUGGUGGCCCGCUCCGAUGUGGGCGCCGACUCGCACAGCCAGGCGGCCCAGAACUUUUAUCCCCCGUUCUACCACGAGGCACCGCCACUGGGCCACUCGCGGCCCUACUUUGGACACGGACACGGCACCGUCUCGGAGAGCACACCCCUGUCGCUGCCACUGCCGCUAUUGGCGCCGGGACAACACCCGCAACAGCAGCAGCAGCAGCAGGUGCCGGUGCAGCCUCUUCCUCAUCCUCAUCCUCAUCCACAGCAGCAGUCGCAGGUGCAUCCGCAGCAGCGUAACUUCGAUGCCAGCAUUCUGGGUAGCGGUGACUUUGGUGUGCUGAGGGGCGGCACCUUCUACCCGGAGGAGGAGAUGCCCUACCAUCCGGAGGACAACAGCGACUACAUCUACGGGGACGCAAACAACGGACAUGGACGGCCCAGCGAGGGCUUUGUCCAGAAGUACACCUACCCGGAGGAGCAAUUUGCCAACUUCCGUGACUUUGCCGACAUUAAUACCCCAGCGGACUCGGCAUUCUCCCAGUUCGUGGUGGUGUAUGCGGCCAAGAAUGCCACCGCACCCAGCACACAUCCCCAUCCGAAGAACAUUUUUGAGCAGCUGGAGCUGCUCGACCGGGAGAAGGCCCUCGAGGAGGAGUCGGCCCGGCAGAAGCAGUCGCCCGGCAAAUACGCUGGCAAAGCCAAGAUCACCUCCAAGUCCAAGUCCAAGCUGGCCAAGACGAAGCUGCAGAAGAAGUAUCGAAAGAAGGCGAGUCCCAAGGCGGAUCCACUCGAACUGGAGCCGCUCCUGGCUCUCAGCUAAGCGGUGCGAUCUGAUCCGAUCUGAUCUGAUCCGUUCCGAUCCGAUCUGUGUGCCGCUGUGUGACGGCAGUCGAAUCAUUUCCAUUUCUCUCCACUGUUAGUUUUAUUUAUUUUAUUUCCAGAUUAAUGCAAAUCCCCCCCACAAAUCGAUUGCGUUUAACUUUUAAGUUUCCCCCUCGAGUUGCAACCCAAAUGUUCUGCUUCAUUCCAUUCCCCUGCCACUUCCACUGCCACUGCCACUGCCCCAUCGUCAAUAGUUCUGCCAGCCAGCCAGGCGAAAUCCCUUUCAAUCCCAUCCAAAUGUGUGUUUAUUUUAUUUUUUGUACUGUCUGUCUGUCUGUCUGUUUGUCCUGCAUCAAAGUUGUUAAUUCUUAAUCUUAGCCCGUAGUCCACUAUGUUUAUGUGUAUCUUUAUC